GUGUCCUCUUCUCCACACAUUUUAACAAAUUACCAUAAAUAAUUUCACACUACAAUCACUAUCAUCUACCCAUCAACAUUAUAAAUCACUUCCCUUAGAAAAGAGUUACUUACAGUUCUAUCAAUGGCGAAGAAGAAGAACCAGAGUAAUGACAAUGAGAAGCAGGUCAACGGUGGCCGGAAAAACAAAGACGACGGUGGUUGUGUAACAGUGGUUCUCAAGAUCGACUUGCAUUGCAAAGGUUGCGCCGAUAAAAUCGUUAAAGCUGUUCGUUCUCUCGAUGGUGUGGAGUCAGCCAAGGCAGGAAACAUCGAGCUGAAGAAAAUCACGGUGAUCGGUAAAGUAGAUCCGGUGGAGCUCCGGAAGAAGGUUGAGGGGGUGAUCAAGAAGAAGGUGGACUUGAUAUCUCCAGUAAAUGACGGUGAAAAAAACAACCAGCUUUCCGGUGGCGGUGGCGGAGGACAGAAGAAACAACAAAAACAGUUUCCGGUGACAACGACGGCGUUGAAGGUACCAUUACAUUGCCAGGGAUGCAUCGACAAGAUUCAGAAGAUUGUCCGCAAAACCGAGGGGUUUAUAGAUAUGUCAAUCGAUAAGAGCAACGAUUUGGUGAUGGUGAAGGGAGGAAUAGACGUGGAUGCGUUAACGGAGGAGCUCAAGGGUAAACUGAAGAAGAAAGUUGAUAUUGUUCCGGCGAAGAAGGAAGGCGGUGGUGGCGGUGAGAAGAAGGAAAAAGGUGGCGGUGGUGGCGGUGAGAAGAAGGAAAAGGGUGGCGGUGGUGACGGAGAGCGGAAGGAAAAUGGUGGUGGGGGGCGGGGUGUGGAUGUGCAUAAGAUGGAGCACUUUUUUGGUCAAGGUCAAUACACGUACCCUCAGUAUGUAAAUGGGCCGGAGUAUGUGUUUAAUUACAUGCAUGCCACUCAGAUGUUUAAUGACGAAAACCCUAAUGCGUGUGUUGUUAUGUGAUAGAAUGUAAAAGUCUAAAAGAUAUGUUGUUGGAGCUUGAACUAGUAUCGAAACCAAGAAAGAAAGGGAUAAUGUAUUUUGAGGGUA